UCCUGAGUCUCCUCAUCAUUAUCUUCCUUGAAUCCCCUCUUCUUCCUCCAUCCGUCGUCGUGGUUCGCGUAAAUAACCGACAAGCAAAGGUCUGGUCUUGCCCUGGCUGACGUCGCAUGAGCUAGCUAAUUUCAUCAUAGGGUGUUGGUUUUCGUUCAUUGUAGCAUAAAUCUAACCUGAAAAGCCUUGUAAGAUGUACUGCCUAGCAUACACACGGUCGAGCCUAUGCACGGCGGCCCUCAUAUUCUACACCAUGGUAUGGUUUCCUCUGGUGCAGCUCAAGAGAUCCCUUCUUGGGCUUGUCUCCCCACGGCCAGAAGGAAGCUUCCCUGAGUUCCGGCUCCCUGCAGCUCGGUUCGGGGAUCUGCAGAGAUCAAGAUCAUCGAGCAGUAAUGCUAGUGAAGGAGAAUCAGCGAAGUGCUCGAUAUGUUUGGCGGACAUGGAGGAGGAAGAGGCCGUGAGUGAGCUCCCGAGGUGUGGGCAUGUCUUUCACUUAGGCUGCAUCGAGGAGUGGCUCGAGAAGUGCCAGUUCACCUGCCCGCUUUGCCGGACUCUCCUCUUCGACCGGUGCAAAAUCUCGCAGCGUUGAGAGUUAUCUAGAUGUGUCGACCGGAUAGUGUUAUUAACACGGUCAGAUUGCUUGUAUAUUCAAUUAGCUGUAUCGACAUCUCGGGUUCUUAAGAUUGUCCAAUUUUGAUAAAAGUCUUUCUUAACUCUUCCCAAGUUCGAUAUACCAGUUGUCAUGACCAAAAUAGAAGCCUAGGAGAGGACCCUUUAGCAAUGAACACGAUAAUCAAAUAUUGUAUAGAGCUGUUUACCAAAAAAAAAAAAGAACAUCUUAUGGAGCUGUUCAAUUGUCACCAAGUAUACAGAAGGUUGUGUUUAGUUUUAGAGUUGAGUUUUAGUUUUAAUUGGUUUGAAAUUAUUGUAUUGUUGAAUUAUGAGAAAAAGUGUGAAAAAAU